AUGGCAUUGUCAUUCUUUUAAAAGUAUAAUUAUAUUAUAUAAUAAGGAGAAUACGAAAUAUUUUUGGGUGUCUAAAUAUUUACUUUCUUUUAAAUCAUAUUUUUGCAACAAAAAACUUUUCAAGGACUUUACAAUAUGGCAUUUUAAGUCUAAAGAAUCAUACUUUCCAAAGAAAUUAUAACAUUGUCAUUUUUUUUUUAAAGUAUAAUAUAUAAAAGAUCCUAAACAACUUUGCUACAAAACUAUAAUUUAAUUUAAUGACCAGAAUUAUCUUCUUUGCGUAUUAAGAGUUCUAUAAAUUUUGUUAGUAAAUAAUGACUUUUCAUGAAAUAAAAAAAGUGCGAUUUUAUAUACGUAGCGGGAGAAUUCCAAAACAUUUGUUCAUACAAAAUCUAAAUGAAAUUUGUCACAGGUAAAUUUGCACAUCUGUUUAUACAAAGUACGUGAUUAACAUAUAAACCUUUUACGUCAUAUAAUUUAUAUAGUCAAAUUAAGUACGUAUAUAUAUCGCGUUCAAAAUAGAAAAUUGUCAGUAUCGAUUUUGGAAUUCCAAGGAAUUAAACGGAAUGAAGACUCUAGUUUUCGUCGCAUGUAUACUAUCUGCCGUCUCGGCAGAUAAUAUACUCGAUCAUCAAAUAUCAAAUAUUUUUAAUAUAACAGAAUUACUUGAUUAUCUUGCAACGCUUAAACAAUGUGCCUUGAAAUUGGGUUUAUCGGAGAUCGUCACUCCAGAGACAAGCUUUUGUUUAUCGCAAAAUAAAAACUUGAUCGAUGAAAAAAAUGGAAUAAAAAUGAAUGAGUCUAAGAUUUAUGUUAAAAAAAUUAUUCGUGAUAGCAAUCUGCAAGAUGAAAUGGUAAAAAUAUUUGAACAAUGUCAAGAACCAAAAAAGAGAAAAAGCGAUAAAUUUAAAAGAAGCGGGUAUGACGAAACCAUAAAAUUCUUGAAAUGCAUCUUGCCAUUUGUGAAUUACGUUCUAAAAGGAGUGCCCUUCUACAAUAGUAUAAUAUAAAAUAAUAUUAAUUAUGCCUUCUGAAAUAUUUCAUCGUGAAUGCAGUCAGGAACCAAACGAUCUCAAGAUUCAAGAGAUUUCAAACUUUAUUUGAAAAAUAUUUAAGGAAAAAAAUUAAUAUUUUCUUUACUGUGUUCUAUAAAUAAUCUAUUUUUAAUAUUAUGUACCAAAGUUUUUAUUUAUAAACACAAUAUAUAUAAUAAAGGAGAGUACAAACUUAGUAGAUGUAAUUGCAAAUGACUUUGUUUAUUUAACAAUAAAAUUUAAAGUAACAAAAACAUAGGUUUCGAUAUUUAUGUCAGGUCAUCCUCAGGUAUUCCAUUUACGUUAAUUUUUAACGAUGUAAUUCCAUUGAAAUACGAUCGUGAACAUAAAUGCGAAAAAAAUACGAAAUUUUUAUCUGUGCGACAUCUGUGAAUCUUACAGAUUAGCAUGACAAACAAAAUAUCAAAAGAUAAGCGACUUUAGUUAAAAAUUCACAAUUAAUACAAAUAUCACAUGAUGCAAUGAACGUUAUUUAAAAUAUGUAAAACAAUAAAAUGGAGACUUAAUUAAGACUGUGCUUAUUAAAAACGAUGCUACUUAACUUUAAGUAUACUUGUUUCUUGCACACAAUAUCGCAUUUAUAAUUAGUUAUAAUAGUUUAAAAAUUAAAAAUAAUUUUUAAUAUUAUAUAUUUAAAAAGUUAAAUUAUUAAUUGAUUUAAUAUAAAAAAUACAAGCAUUUGAAAAUAUACAAUCGAAUUUGUAUAAUAUAUAUUAUACUAUAAUAUUCUUGAAACUUUGCACACACCUUCCGUGUAAUAUUAGGAAGUAAAGCUUAGAAAAUAAAUCCUCUUAGAAAAGAUGUUAUAAACAAAUUAAUUUUAAAGAUAGAUGUUUUUCAUUUAUUGUCGAAGUUAAUUUUUUCAUAAGUCAUUUUCCAAGAGAGUUUAUUUUUUUAAACAUUACUGGUUCCUUUCUAAUAUUACUUGCAAGGUGCGUGCAAAAUUUUGAGAAAUAAAUCCUCUUAGAAA